GAAUGUGUGAACGCACAUAUGACGAACCACACACAACCGCUCUGAAACGGGAUGUUUCAUAGGCUGAAAACUACAACCGGACAACUGAUUUUAAAGCGGAUGCCUAUAUCAUAUCCGAAGCAUGUCAGCUUUUGUGAAUGUGAAUUGUCGACAGUAUUAUGGAGAGAGUUCAGAGGCUCAUGCUAAAGCAUAUGAAGGGCUGGAAGUGAGUUUUGGACCAGAUGGAGAUCACACUAGCAUUGGAUCCACCUUAACUCAGCCCAUCCUGACCGCUGGCUCUGAAACCCUAUUGACGGUGGAGCCAAAGGAAGACGGUGAGAGAAAUGGAAUCCCACUUGGUGGGAGACAGACUCUAGUCCUUAUGGACCCUGAUGGACAGGGAGGCAGCAUGAUCUUUGACACAUCCACUGGUAUUCUCACUGAACAGGAGGCUGAGGGUUUUGAAUAAACUCUGCUACAGAAACAACUUCUGGAACUCCACCAACAUACUGUCACAUUACGCCAAGAGAAGGAGACUAUGGAGAAGACACUACGAUCUGAGAUAAAACAGCUCAAAGAACAGGUUGCAAGCCUGGUUCAGUCUAAUGUAUGAAUUUUUGAGGAACUGCAAGCAUAUCAAUGUCCAGACCACAGCCAGCAAAAAGUUGUCAAACUUAUGGAGAGGCUUGAAGCGCAGCAUAAAGAACUCCUACAGGCCAAGCUAGCCUCACUCAGGAGAGAGAUCAGGUCUGGUGCAGAGAAUAUGCCAAUCACUGGCCACAAGGGGACACUGGAGUUCAGUGUAGAUCCAGAGAAACCGCAAACUGAAGCAAUUGGUAGCACUUUAACAGGACUGGAAGAUAUGGAUGUACAACUACAGACUGAGCUGCAAGAGGGUUUAAAAUCCUCAGAGCUGGGAAUAGAGCCAGUUUACAUGAUUCCCUGUUUGGAGAGCCCUAACUUGCACAUAGUUUUGCCAAACACUGACUUGACCACAUCCAAGGUUUUAGAGGAUAAACAGGAAGUGUCAUUGUCCCUUGUGUCACCUAAGAAACACAGCUCCAUGGAUGACCCCGAAGAGAUAGUGGAAACCAAAGUAAAGAGAGUUUGUUGAGAGUGACUUUAUAUUACAAACACUCCAUACUCCAUUCCUUUUUCUUGUCACUACUAGGAAUUGCUGUUACCUUUGCCACAAAUUUGCAGGCCAAAAAUUAUAUAUAGGGAUCUGUUCAUAUUCAAUCCUUGGCAAAAUACACAUACAAUUUUAGCUCUGUUUUUAGAGAUACAGUACUGUACCGGGCAGAAAAAAAAUCAUGUGAAUUGUUACAUUUCUAUGAUCCAACAGUUUUUCUUUUUUUACAGAAAAUCUAUUGCCCAUGAUUAUUUACACCGAUCAGCCACAACAUUAAAACCACCUGCCUGAUAUUGUGUAGGUCCCCCUCGUGCUGCCAAAACAGCACCAACCCGCAUCUCAGAAUAGCAUUCUGAGAUGGUAUUGUUCUCUCCACAAUUGUAAAGAGCGGUUAUCUGAGUUACUGUAGACUUUGUCAGUUCGAACCAGUCUGGCCAUUCUCUGUUGACCUCUCUCAUCAACAAGGCAUUUCCGUCCACAGAACUGCUGCUCACUGGAUGUUUUUUGUUUUUGGCUUCAUUCUAAGUAAAUCUAGAGACUGUUGUGUGUGAAAAUCCCAGAAGAUCAGCAGUUACAGAAAUACUCAAACCAGCCCAGUAUAUGUGUAUAUGUAAACUAUAUGACCAUAGCAGAACUGUAUAUGUUGAUGCACAGGUUGUAACCAUGCAGAUAUGUCUAGUUUAAAUGUUGGUUUAUUAUGCUACAUUGAGUUCUCACAUUGACUCAGAUGUUCUUAAGUCUCAAAGGAUGUCUGUUUUUUAUUUCUGUUUAUACAGGAUGAUUAUGAAUUCAUGAACUAAGUAAACAUUUUGUAAUAAUGAACACUUGAGUAUGAAGUUUGAUAAAUAAUGUGGCUAGAUAUAGUGGCAAUGAUCUUAAAGGGAUAGUUCACCCAUAAAUUAAAAUUCCCCCAUCAUUUACUUACCCUCAUGCCUUCCCAGAUGUGUAUUAGUUUUUUCUUCUGCUUAGGACUGAAAAGACUUCAGUAUUGAUCUCUUUCUCACCCACUAUCAUAUGGCUUCUGAAGACAUGGAUUUAACAACUGGAGUCGUAUGGAUUAAUUUUAUGCUGUUUUUAUGUCCUUUCGGAGCUUCAAAAUUUUGGUACUCAUUCACUUGCAUUGUAUGGACCUACUUAGCUGAAAUAUUCUUCUAAAAAUCUUCGUUUGUGUUCAUCAGAAGAAAGACACAUGUGGGUUGGCAUGAGUGUGAGUAAAUGAUGAGAGAAUUCUCAUUUUUGGGUGAACCUUCCUUAUAAAGUCAACAUGAAAUGGCAUCCACAACCCCAUUUUAACAGUGUUUGGACAUAUUUCCGAUAGGAACAGGACAUUCAAUAAGAAAAAAUUAGGGUGGGACUUGAUUUUAUCCAUGAGAAAUUGACUGGAUCAAAAAAAAAAAAAAAAAAGUGGGCUUAUAUCAGAAAGGAGCCUUAUAUAGGUUAUAUAACACCAAUCAUAUGAAAUCAAGGGACAAACAUUCUUUUUAAAAUUAUGAAUUUCUUAUUUUGUUUGCUUUUUGCACACUUGUUAGGCCUUACAGUAAAGUUUAACCUGAGAAAAAAUGAGUAAAAAAUAAAUAUAGAGUGGUGUACCAAAUGAAA